UUUUCAGUGAGCUUUUGUGUAUUGGUGGAAACCUUUUCGAAGCUGGCGGCUGUUGGUGGCAUCUGCUCCAAACAAAGUCACAGUAAAUUUUAAAAAUUCGUCGCGUGUGGAUGCGUCUGUUCGCUCUCUGUGAUACAAUAAACUAACCGAAAAUCCCGCUUAACGCCCACUCAACUACGCCAAUUUGUGUUUGCUGUGAAUAAUAACAACGAAAUAGUACACCGAAAACUAUACAUCCCAACUAUCGCUGUUCCAGUAAUCCAACACAAACACUUAAUCUCUAUCGACGUUGUCGCAAACUUGCUAAGUACAGCAGACAUACAGAAUAUUACAAAGAAAAGGAAUACAUCUCAAAACCUAAAACCCGUUUAAAGCCAAAAUGUCAUCGAAUCGUGCACCAAAGUCUGGUUUUGCUGCCGAAGCACAACGCAAAUUGGCCUGUGCUAAAAACUUUGGUGUACCCACACAAGAGACAUUCCAGAGUGUCGAUCUUUGGGAACGACAAAACUUAAACUCCGUCGUCAUAUGCCUGCAAUCAUUAGGUCGUAAGGCACAUAACUUUGGCAAACCAUCAAUUGGUCCCAAGGAAGCCGAUAAGAAUGUACGCAAUUUCUCUGAGGAGCAAUUGCGGGCUGGUCAAAAUGUCAUCUCACUGCAGUACGGCUCAAAUAAGGGUGCCAAUCAGUCGGGCAUCAAUUUCGGCAACACCCGACACAUGUAAAUGCCACAUUUCUGAUGCGCGGCAAAUGGCAAAGCGCUUAUGCUAUCGCAUAAUAACCAAUAUCAUUGGUACUUAGAGAUGAGCGCAGCGUUACAUAUGUACAUAUGUACAUACAUAUGCAUGUGUAUAACGGCAUUUUAAUAAUAUUUAAGCAUUCCAUAAGUGUCCAAAGGUUUUUGAAAAGACACGAAAAAACGACAACCUACAAAUGUAUUCCAAAUUUUGCAUUCUAUAUUUUUUAACUUUAACUUUAAAAACAUGUAUUGAACGUAUUCUAAGCAUUAUUGUACACCACAAAAAGAGAAAAUGUAAUUUUUUUAUAAUAGCGUUUGAUUCCUUUCAAAUUUAAAACACUUUAUUCUUACCCAUAUUUAAUAAUACACUAAAUAUUUUUUUCUAAAUUGAACUAAAUCGGCACUUACAAACACUCAAACGGAAAACUAUAUAUCCGAGGCGCGUUUGUCCCCACUAAUAUACUGGUGUUAUAUGAGUGGAGUAAAUGCCUCGUACGUGCCAUUAAGCAUUUAUAUUGUAUGUAUUCUUUUACAUACUUAUAUUUAAUCAUUCUGAAAGGAGGCGAAUCAUUGUAAUUUUCUCUCUAUAUAUGUAUGCUUUACACUAAUAUAUAAAAUUACAUAUACGUACCGAUUUUUGGCAGCAACAAUUUAUUUACAGUAGAAAUAAUACAAUGUUAUGGCCUUUGAAGUAUAAAAAAUAACAACAACUAAACAACCACCUGUAAAAAAAUGCAACAAAAGUGUCUUCUCCCAUUUAAUUACCGUUAAACAUAAAGUAGAAAGUAUUUAUAAAUCAUAUAUUACAAUACAUACACAGUGAUACGUAUUGGUAUACUGAUUAAAUCUGUUCAUGUUGAGUAUGAAAUAAACUUUAUUAAAUAAUAGUUACUA